UACGUAUAAACCACUACUAGCGGCUGCUACGACUCAUUUUGAUGUAUUAGUGGACACUUUCUUUGUAUUGUCUGCCCUUCUAGUGGGAAAAAGCCUUGCCACGUUGGAUAUAACCAAACCAUACAGUUUAUUGAUGAAUAUUCUAAAACGAUAUAUAAGACUUGUCGUGCUUUUAGCCGUGACCGUGUUCUACCUGGCCCAUAUCUCAAAACAUACUGAUGACGGCCCUGUCUACCCCAAGAUAGCCCUCUACGAGCAACAGAUGUGCGAGAAGAACUGGUUGCCGGCAUUACUAAUGGUCGGGAAUUAUUAUAACACAUUAGAAAUGUGCCACCCAGCCACUUGGUACAUCCCCUGCGACUUCCAUAUGUACGUAAUGACGCUGGUCCUUCUGUACGUGUACCGCAAAAACUCACGGACCGGCACAGCAGCUGCCGCCAUAGUGUUGGUGAUCAGCUUCAUAAUGCCCAUGAUCAUCAUAUACGUCUAUGAUUUACCACCAAUUCUGGCUUACGAUCUUGGGUUGGAGGUAAACAUUAGACCUAACUCCGCCUUUAGGAACUUCUACAUCAAAACACACAACAGGAUGGGCCCUUAUGCGAUUGGUCUGGCUGCCGGCUAUCUCAUGUCUAUCUACAAGCCCAAGGAUUACAGGAAAGUCUGGUCUAAAACGGUGUCAUUCCUUGGUACUUACGUCUCCUUGAACCUAAUGCUCGUCAUAAUGGCGUUGGGUCAUCUGUGCUUGGUGUACAGAGUCCACGGAUGGCUGGCCUGCAUCUUCGCGGCUUUCGAAAGAAAUCUCUUUGCCGUAGCUGUUUUAGGUGUCGUCAUCUUUUGCACUUACGGCCAAGUUCCCCUCAUCAACCCGUUCCUCAGCUGGUCCGUGUUCGCGCCGCUCAGUAGGCUCUCGUACGGCUUAUAUGUCAUACACAUUAUGUUUUUGUAUCAAUCCACUUCCAUGAGAGAUCAUAACAAACAUCACCUAUUUCAAGUUUUAAUAAACUCUCUUGGGUUGGUGGUCGUGUCGCUGCUGCUGAGUCUGAUGGUUUGGCUGCUGGCUGAGGCGCCUCUCGUCAACAUCACGAACCCAUACCUCAACACUAAAGGCGCUGCCAAGGAGAAUGUUGGAAUAUCCAGGAACGGUGCUCAUCAAAAUGACACAAUUAAACAAAAAAGCAUGUGAUUGGUUCUGCAACCUUGCUGUCUCAUUAGUGGCAGCUUUUUAUUUACAGUCUUUGUAUGAAAUAUAUGAAUAUUCUAUG